AUUAACGAAAAGGUAAAAGAAAAAAUACACAUCAGAACGCAAAUUCGUUGUUGAAAUCAUCGAGAAAAGAUAGUUAAUCAUCGUGCGACAAAUGACAUUCUUUUCGUGCAUAAUUUAAUGUAAAAAAUUAAGCAAAAUUAAUAUACAACAAUAUAAUUAAAAGUAUAUUGUUUUAUUUUGUAUACAGUGUAAGAGAAAAUGAAAUUAUAAAAAUUACUUCGACAGUGUUCAAAAUAAGAAAAAUCUUCCAAUUGGACUUGAAAAGUGUAAUGAAAGAAAAGUUGCAAAGCAAACCGAAAAACAUAAAAGUUCACCAUUAUUGAAGACAGUAAAGAAAUUAAAGCACAAAAGAGAAAAGAUUGGAGCAACGUAGCAAAAAAACAAAAGAAAGAGUCUCCAAAAAGAAGCUUAACGCCUUUGGUCUUCAUAUUGCAAAUUCUUCAAAUAUUAACUUGUAUCUUGUUUACUAUUGUUUUAUCUGUACAUACCCUUCUCGUUCUCUUGUAACAAGAUCGUGACUUGUUCUGUGGCACUUUGGUGUGUUUUUUUGUGGCUUUAAGUUCAAACGCUCUAUUUCCGCCCGCAUUUUGGUUAUAGGAAAUGGCGUUAGAUAUUGGGACUCAAAUGAAUGGCAAUGCGCUGACAUCAUCUUUUACAUCAAAGAAAAAGGAUACAGCGGCUGCUACCGAAAAGGAGAACUUAUGGUCCGCUAUAUUGAGCGAAGUACAAAAACAAGGCAGCACAAAACUUCCAUCAAAUAAAUCUGUACUAGUAUUAGGCGAUAAUGCCACUGGCAAAACAACAUUAAUAGCCAAAUUACAAGGUGUCGAAGAUCCUAAAAAAGGUUCCGGUUUGGAAUAUGCCUACAUUGAUGUUAAAGAUGAAUAUAGAGAAGAUAUGACAAGGUUAGGAGUUUGGGUUCUUGAUGGUGAUCCAGGACAUACAAAUCUCUUACGUUUCGCUUUAAAUGAAAAUAAUUAUGCACAUACCCUCGUAAUUCUCACAGUUUCAAUGACUCAACCAUGGGGUUGGCUUGAACAGCUCAAUCAUUGGAUAAAAGUAUUAUCCGAGCAUAUUGAAAAAUUAGAAAUAAAGCCUGAAGAUAAACAAGAAGCACGACAACGUUUAAUCACCUCAUGGCAAAGUUAUUGUGAAGUUGGUGAUGAUUUAGAUCCGGGUUCACCGGUAAAACGCACGAUGAGAAAUAAUUCAAUAGAUGAGGAUGAUUUAUUACCACUCACAGAAGGUGCACUUCUAACAAAUUUAGGUCUUGAUAUUGUUGUUGUAGUCACAAAGACGGAUUACAUGACAACAUUAGAGAAAGAAUACGAUUAUAGAGACGAACAUUUUGAUUUUAUACAACAAUGGAUUAGAAGAUUUUGCUUACAAUAUGGCACAUCACUUUUUUACACAAGUGUAAAAGAAGACAAAAACUGUGAUCUCCUCUAUAAAUACUUAACACAUCGAAUUUAUGGUUUACCAUUCCGAACGCCUGCACUAGUCGUUGAAAAGGAUGCAGUGUUAAUACCAGCAGGUUGGGAUAGUUUGAAAAAAAUUAGUAUAUUAUAUGAAAAUAUGCACUCAUGUAAGGCAGAAGAUUACUACACUGAUAUCAUAUCACCACCUCCUUCAAGAAAAACUGUUUCAAAUCGAGAAGCUGAAGUGCAAACUGAGGAUGAGCAAGCAUUCUUAGCGAGGCAACAGGAAAUGCUUAAACAAGGUAUCCAAGUACGCGGAGAAUCACCUUUACGUUCACAAGGUGGUACUAAAGCUAUGCCAAGAACGCCAGGCUCUGGAGGACAAAGCUCACCUAAAAAGAUGGAUGCCAAACUUAAUCCUGCAACGCCUGGCAAUGAAGGCGUUCUCGCCAAUUUCUUCAACUCAUUGCUGCACAAGAAAUCUGGUUCACCUGGCACACCACCUGUAGCGGCAAGCUCCCCCCGAAUGAAUGGCUCCGAUAUGCAUCUAACACCUGAAAAACUAGCAGUCAGAACAGAUGCGGCAGCUGAAUUGGACCGUUUGUCGAGGAGCGUCAAAAAAGAAAUGGAUUUCUCGCAAAGCGAGUGCUAAAAAUAAUAUGCAAUUUUAGGGAUUUUAAAAUGUAAAAGUAAAAUGAAAGACAGAAUGGCACUGGCUCAUAACAUUAGUCAAUGAAGUAUUUUUUUACGUUAUUGACUAAUAUAAUCAAAUUCCAUUAAAAAGAUAAUGAAAGCGAUGAUUGAUACUACGAGUUAAAAAAUUAGUAAACAUUUAAAAGUUAUUUAAAUUUGCAAUUUAGCUUGAUUUUUAUAAAUACGAACAAGUAAGCUCAAUUCUAUGUAUUAAGUUUUUAUGUUUAAAUUCCU